AUGCUCUCCACGCUCGCCGUCUCCGCCGUGCUUGGGCUUACGGUCUCUGCAGCGCCGUCCAACCUCGACUCCAUGCGUAUGAGUGGCAAUCCUGGCAGCUACGGUCCCGGACACUGGAAUGGAAAGACUGGACCAGACAAUGGUCAACAGCCUUUCAAGUUCCCACUUGCCAACGGCUUCCCUAACAUCACCAACCCAUCCGAUGCCCUAAAUCAGAUUCAGAUUCAAGCCCACGGCACUCUUCCAAAUGCGACCCUACCAUCGUCCAUUUCCGACUUGACAGCCACCACGUUCCAACUCAUCGCGUUCAACGAGCUCUUCGAGGUUGCUUUCUUCACCUCUCUCCUCCAAAACAUCACCGACAAUGUUUCCGGCUUCGACAUCGGGUCUGGCGCUGCGAAGCAGAUUGUCGUGAAUGCCAUCACUGCUGUCCAAGCCCAGGAAGAACUCCACGCCCUCGGCGCAGAGGGGAUCCUGCAAGCUGCCGGUCGCGACCAGAUCCUGCCAUGUGAAUACGUCUUUCCGAGUGAGUAGAAUACCCGGUGGAAGCCAGUCAUCCAUCUCUCGAACACCCGCUAAACAUGUCCCUCCCUCUCCCAGCCAACGACUUCGACGGCGCCAUCGCCCUCGCCUCCACCUUCACCGACGUCGUCCUCGGAACCCUGCAAGACGCGCAGCUCAAUUUCGGCAAGGACGGAGACAUCGGCUUCCUCCCCCUCGUAGGCUCCGUCAUCGGCCAGGAAGGCGAACAGAACGGCUUCUACCGCCUCCUCGGCAACAAAAUCCCCUCCGCCCUCCCCUUCCUCACCCGCUCCGCCGGCGCCUUCGCCUUCUCCGCCCUCAACCAGAUGUUCAUCGUCCCGGGCUCCUGCCCCAACCUCCACGUCCUGUCUUCCGCCCUCCCCAUCUUCGGAACCCUGAACGUCGACACCAAGACCCCGCAGCUCGAAGACCAGCUCCUCUCCUUCAGCAUUCCCAACACCAACGGCACCCAGAUCGACGCGGACACGAACGCGAUUGCGUACAUCAACCAGCAGAACGUCCCCGUCACGCAGAAGAUCCAGAAUGUGAAAUCUGAAUAUGGAAAGGUCACGUUCCAGGCUUUCUUCCCGGGUCAGACGAAUCUGAUGAAUGGGCUUACGAUUGCGGCUGUUACGAAGGGUAUGGGUCCUUUUGCGGCGAUUGAGGAUGUUGUUGCUGCGACCCUGUUUGGUCCGGGUUUUAUUGAGAUCAACUAG